ACGCCACCUGAUUCACCUCCCUGCGUAAUCAAAAAUAGCUAUUUUUUAGGGUUACAAUUCUCUCUCAUUAUUUCCAUUCUCUCUUCAAUCGAGCGGUCCGAAAUGGAUCUCGAGGUAGUAGGCCGCCACGCGCUUCUUUUCGACGACGACUCGAUGGCUGAGUUCGUCAACUCGGCUUCCGCGCUUGUCGAGUGGAACUCACUUUCUAUAGACCGCUACGACGUGCGCCACCUCCUGUCUGCCCCGCCUCCGCCGCGCAACCGCCGCCGCCACCAUUCUCCGUCUUCUAAUCCUGACAGCUCUCUCGAAUCCGAACUCGAUCACGAACGCUACCUCGAUUUACCCUCACCGUCGGAUGAGCAAGGUAAUCAUUAUUCCUAUUCUUCUUCUCAUUAUUAUUAUCCUCAUAUGUUGACGUUAAUCUGAACUUGCAGAUAAAAAGAAAAGGUUUAUUAUUUGAGAUUUUAAAAUGUAAAAGGCCAGUUCUAAAUUUUAUCUCUUUUUGUUUAUCGUAUGAGAAAAUACUUUCAAUGGAUAAUGCUUUGAUUUAGUUACUUCAAUUGAAGUCAUUUACUUGGUUGUUGGCUGUGUCUCAUCAUAUUAUAUACAAUUUGAUAUGUAUUGCUUUGAUGGCUUUUCAUAGUGAGUUGUUAAUUUAUGCCAGUGAGGAUGACAGAGUUCCAUUGUUAUAUAAGAUAAGGUUCCCUUCUUUUUUUUCUUUCUUCUUCUCAUGUAUUCGUGAUAUAUUUAAUAAUUUUAGAAUAACCAGUGUUACAGAUUUUAGUUUUCUCAAAUUGUGAUUUUUGAGGAGAACUAUAUAAUGGGAUGAUAAUUUACAGUUACUUUUCUUUUCUCACUUACAUGUGCACACAUUGGAACUUACUUUUUUUACUCUCCGCUGCACUUCUUUCUCUGUAUUUCUCUCAAUCGAAAUGCCUUUUUAGUGCAUAAUGUGGUACUUUUAUUUUUCAUUCUUAACUGGAAAUUAAAGGGAAAGUGUUUUAAGCCGAUGCCAUGUAUUGGUGCCUCAUGGGUCCGCUAAGCCUACCAACUUGAUAUCUAGUCAAUGGUUUAGCAUGCAGUUUCUGUAGCAGUUACCCCCAUAAGUAUAUUUGUCUGCAUAUUUUUAAUAUGAAAUUCAGCUUGAAUAUGGGAACAUGGUUUUUUGGGCUUGUUGGAGUGCUGUGUAUUUUUCGAUUGUUUUUCUAAGUUUGCAGGAUCAAAUUUUGUUAACUAAAGUUUCUUCUUUCAGAAUGACAAAUGUGGAAAAUGAAGCAGAAAGAGAGAAUGCUGGUGGCUAUCAUACAGUUGCUUUUUCUUAUGGAGGCUCCAUGGAAUCCUCUGACCUGAAGAACAAUGACACUGAGUCUGGUUUCCAGCCGCCUUUCUCAGUCCCUGAACAUUUACUUCAAAAACUGUGUGGCGACAUGAUAGAUAUCUAAGGUGCAUGUGUUUUUCUAAGGCUUACCAUGUCUAAGUUUCAGAUGCUCGGAGCAGGACGGGAGUUCUUCAAGGUUGCCAUUUCUCAGGCACCUUGUCUUCUUUUGAUGUCUUGACAAGGGGCCGCACAGGUGGGAUUAGGAUGAUAGAUAUUUGUUACUUUAUCAGGCAUCCUCUAGUGAUCAGAGGAUAGAUAUCUUCAGAGUUCUGUUUCUUGAUCUUAAUGGUUGUCUGAAUAUAUAUUUUAUGAGUCAUUGGGUUGUUACUUGAGACAAUUUAGUAAGAUAUCUUUUUCCUGGUAUUUCUCUUUUUGUAAAUUUUCCAUUGUUGAGAGAGAAUUUUUUUUCUUUUUUUUUUUUUCUGUUUUUCAGCCUCCAACAGAGAAGGUGCACCAGAUCAUUGCGAGAACUGCCAUGUUUGUGAGCAAACAUGGUGGGCAGUCAGAAAUUGUUUUGAGAGUAAAACAGGGAGACAACCCAACAUUUGGAUUCUUGAUGCCUGAUCAUAACCUUCAUCCUUACUUCAGAUUUCUUAUUGAUCACCAAGAACUUCUUAUGUCUGGCACUGAUGGAAGAGCUAUAGAAGAAGAGAACAAGGCUGAUAGUGGUCUUGAUCAGAUGAGUAGUGUGGGUGGUGCAUUGUCACUGCUUGGUUCUGUAUAUGGGACUGGAGAGGAUGAAGAAGGUGCAACUGAGAAUGCCCCAGCUCUUACCAAAAAUAACCUUGAGGAACUAACAUCUGAUAGUUUAGCUGUUUCUGUUGGAUCUGUACAAAAUAAUUCUUCUUUAAUUUCAACUUCAAAAGCUGAGCCCCUUUCCAAGCCUUCAUUUCCUUCUUUGAAGGAAAAGUCUCAUGUCAUAAAAAGAAAUCGUUCCAUCAGUACAGUCAAGACAGGAACUGCAACUGGGGUAAAGAAGGAUGGUGAUUCUGUUGGUUCAGUAUCUUCUACUGUGAAUAAGUUGCAACCUCUUAUUUCCCCUGGCCUGUCCAAGGUUGAGACAACUAUUUUAGAGCCUCCAUCUGAUUUGAAGAGAGUAGUUGAUAAGAUAGUUGAGUUCAUUCUGAGAAAUGGAAAAGAAUUUGAGGCUGUUCUGGUUCAGCAAGACACAAAGCAUGGGAGGUUUCCAUUCCUUCUGCCUUCCAACCAAUAUCAUCCUUACUAUAUACAAGCUCUCCAAAAAGCUCAAGAGUCAAGGUUAUCUGGCAAGAGCAUUCCGGAAAAGAAUGAUUCUCUGGGGCAUGGGUUGGACAAGAAAACUGGAUCCAAGGAAACUGAUGCCCUGUCCUUAUCUGACAUACCAUAUGAAUCUGACAGGAAAGAAAAGUUUAAAAUGGUAAUUGGGAAGUCAAAGAAAGAUGGACAGGAACCGCCUUCAAAAGUCCCUCAGCCACAAGUUGGAGUUAGUGUGGAUGCAGCAGCUGCUGCUGCUAUUCUUCAGGCGGCUACGAAAGGCAUUAAACAUCCUAAUUUAGGAGUACUAUCUAAGGCAAUAACUGGUAUUGGUCAAUGUCCUAGCAGUGAAGGUGGGGACAGCCUCCUUUCAGCUCAACCUCAAACUUCAAAUCCGAAGCCAGCUCAGAAUGGGUUGCCUGGUGUUCCUAUCCCUGUAGCUAAAGCCAUAGCAAAGUCAGCAGCUGUUGCCACAGCAAGUGAGGCUGAUUCUUCGGAAGCAAGCUUGACCAGAGAGCAGAAGUUAAAGGCUGAGAGACUAAAACGAGCGAAGAUGUUUGCAGCCUUGAUAAAAAGUGGAGCUGCUCCCUUAAAAAGUGAACCGUCACGAGGGUUAUCUGCAGAACCAUCCGAAUCUGUUUUAUCCGGUUCGGAUUCUGAGGUUUUACCACUUACUGGCCGAGAAAGGGAGAGCAGUUUGGCUCCCUUAGAUGUUGAUGCUUGUAAUAAGAUUGAGAAACCAGAAAAGAAAGGAUUUGCUGAUGAACAUGUUGAACGAAGAUCAAAGAGGAGCUACCGUUCUAGAUCUAAAAGAGAAGAAGAGGAGGAAGAGCGGGAGGAGGAAGAGGACAGCAAUCACAAGCAUUCUAGGAAAAAGAGGCGAUCCCAUCGCUCUUCUCGUCACAGCAGGGACAGGCAUAAACACAGGAAAAGACGCUCUUCUUCCCAAGACACAGAAUCUCAACAUCAGCGUAAGGACACCAGCACCUCCGUUGAUGAGCACGAUCAAGAUAGUUCUGAAGAUGAACAUAGGCGGUCUAGACAUAGGCACAAGUAUGACAGUUCAUUAGAUCAUGAAAGGCACUCUAGACAGAGGUAUCAGCAUGACAGCUCUGAUGAGGAAUACACUCGCUCUCGAAAUAGGCACAAGCACGAUCGAGAUAGUUCUGAAGAUAAACAUAAGCAUGAUCGAGAUAGUUCUGAAGAUGAGCAUAGGCACUCUAGACAUAGGCACAAGUAUGAGAGUUCAUUAGACAAUGGAAAGCACUCUAGAUGGAGGCAUAGGCACAAGCAUGAUUCGGAUGAUGAUGAGCAUAGACACUCAAAAGAUCAGCAAAAGCACAGUAGCUCCUAUGGCAAUGAGCAUCGGCAUCGGCAUCGAGAAAAAUCACUAAAGCAUAGAAAGAGAUCUCGGUCAGAAAGAGAAGCAGACUUGGAGGAAGGAGAGAUUCUCACAAAAUCAGAUCAAUCAAAAGUUAGCGAGGGUGGUAAUGAUGCUAGUAGGGAAGCUUCUGUGGACUUGUCAAAAUCAUAUGAAGAGGUAAAGCCGCAAUCUCAGCAGUCCGAAACUGCUGAAGUUUCUAAUGACCUUCGAGCCAAAAUCCGUGCCAUGUUGAUGGCAACCUUGUGAGUAUAGCCUCAACAACUUCCAUCUUUUUAUGGCUUGUUCCUUUUUGGUUUCCGGGUUAUAAUUUUUUGCAGAAAUGUGUAACAAGUUUCAGGUUGUAUGAGGAUAUUUUACCAAAGUAAUGUUGGAAGAAGGAUUCAUUUUGAAAGUUUUCUUGCUGAA